GGGGGGGGGGGCUGGUGGUGGGAUGAUUGCGGCCCCCCCGUUGGCGAAACUGUGACUCACUGCUUGAUGUUUGAGUGUUCACCAAGCUAAACCUGGCGACUUUUGGCAUAUCGCUUGAAUUAUUACACUUGACAACUAAGUCCGAAUUUAGUGCAUGAGUUCGAUUCUUUGGCCAAAACGCGGAGUUUCAUAAAAGGUCAGGCAUUACAAAUAAACACCGAAUCACCUAAACAGCACACUUACCACAGCUAGUGAUUGGGGAACAAUGCGGAAACUCGGCCACACCACACGCGGGUAAAGUUCCGUGCAUGUCGUGUGUUCUGACUUUUGAGGCGGUGUAGCGGUGAUUUAAUACAGGCACGAAUUUUUAUAACCCUUUCAUACACUACAAAAAUGUAUUAUUCGGGACACGUGUAUACAUGAUAGUUAUUUUUCUCUGUGUAACCUGCUUUUUUGGCUCACUGAACGUGCGCGAAAUUCAUUUGUGCAUUGAUGUGUGCAUGAAUUUGUUUUUGGUAAAAGCAUGCUCAAAAUCACCCAUUCCUCCCUCAAAAGUCAAAUGGCCCACUUCUAAAAGGCAUCGGGCGUGAAUAAAGACAAUUAUUUUACAACAAUGAAGCAAGGCUGAUUAACGACGCAGAAAACUUAACGCGACAACGAAAUGAUAGAUUGUUUUGUAGACUAAGAAUUCAUAGCAAAAUGGGGAAGAAACAGCAGGUUCCGCUAAUCACACAGAGAGUAAAUAAUACGCGUUGCAAAUAUAAGUGUUACGUAAGUUUUAUAUUAUUUUUAUUCAGCCUAUUCUGGCUACUUCGUAAAAAUGUUCACAGCUUGAAGUCAUGUCACCCGUGGGUAACAUUCUUUGUUAUUUAAUUUCAUAUUUUUUGCUAUCUCAAGCGGGCACAAGGCUAAGAGUAAUUAUAUUAUGCGUUGCGUCUUCAAGCUACAUAAUUGCUUAGGAGGAGUCAAUGGAUCUCUGAAUGGGUCGAAGAUUUGAACUACGCAUGUGGCAGAACAGAGCGGGCCAUAUUGGAUUAUCAAGUGGAAUAGGAGAAAUACGUGUAAUUAGAAUAUCAGCUUACCGUACCGCGAUAACUAACAGUGAGAGGGGAAGAAAAAAUUCAUCACGCAUGCAAGAUGAAUCUUCAUUUAGCAGUUUUGUCAUAUUGUAUACUAUCAUGUAGUGUUGUAAUAAUCACUUGUGAGUCGAAUGACGGGAAAUGCGUCAGCCUCGUCGAUGGACCCUUCGACAUCUGUACAAAAGCGGGCUACAACAACACACUGCCUUUUCCCAAGGAAUUGACGGCUGAAUUGCAGACUGAACUAGCGGAAUUCUUAACUGUUAUUAUAUCUCCCUGGAAAAACUGUUCUCCUGUGGAGCUCGCCGCAGCGUUGGAGUGUUCGUUCUUAUUUCCCAAGUGUAACUCACAAGGAAGGCCCGUGUUACCUUGCAGACGAGUCUGCGGUGAGCUGUUGAAGCAGUGCUACAACCAAACAGUCCAAACAGGCCCAGAGUAUCUUGAAAUCUUCGUGAAUGUUAUCCUCUCUGAGUGCCUCACCCUUCCAGAUGAAAAACCAAGCACGAAGAAGUGUUUUGAACCACCUAAUUUUACCACAAAUGACAGCGUGAAAAGUCCGCUGGAUCGUGGCUGUCAAAAAUUGAUCUUUCCUGCCUGUAAAAACUUGGGUAUUUAUGAGCACACUCUAUUUUCGGAACCAGCUCAAAAGAAGAUAUACAAGUAUUUUUACAACAAAACAUACGACGAUGAAGAUUUAGAAACCGCCUUUCCCAAGAACGUGGAAAAAGAUCUUUCCAAGUUUUCCAAGUGCCAAACAAAUAUCAAGAAGUUGUACUGUGGAGAGCUGUUCCCACCGUGUUUCCCGGAUGAAGGGAGUCCCGGAUUAAAGACCUUGUGUAGUUCUGUCUGUAAUGACAUUGUUAGAGACUGCCCGGCUUAUUUCAGGAAUCAUAUCAUGGGAGUAGAGUAUUGCAGUACCCUAGCGGAGGGAAACACUAGUCACGGCUACUGUGAUCGUAAAGAAUGGCCAGAACCAUUUUUGUGGCUCAAGUACAUAGAAUCGACAGUAGCACCAACAGAAGAGCCUAAAACUGAAGGUCCCAAAGCGUGGGUCAUCGCCGUAGCUGUGGUGGUAUCCCUGGGUGUUGUGGGACUCGGACUGGCAGGGAUUAUCUGGUGGAAGUGGCGCAGCCGUGGACUUGGAAUGGGGUACACUAAACAACAGGAUGAUGUCACUACAGUGGAUCAGUGACGAGAUGUCGAGACAUGUUUGGUGUACUUCAGCAAAUCUUUUUGGCAAAACUAUUUACACCGUCAGAGCAAGCUGUUUUUAGCUCGUUUUGUCAUACAGCUUAACCCUUAAGGUGGCCGAACACAGUUUUC